AUGAGUUUCGAAAACAAAGUGGUAAUUGUUACUGGUGCUAGUUCAGGCAUCGGGGCAUCAACCGCCGUCCUAUUCUCUAAGGAGAAAGCUAACGUAGUCCUAGUUGGAAGGAACGAGACGAAAUUAAAUGAAGUAGCUGCGCUUUGUGUUACCAAGAGACUUAUCAUCAAAGCUGAUGUUUCCAAUGAGGCAGAUGUUAAGAACAUCGUCGAACAAACCGUGAAAGAGUUUGGUAGAAUUGAUGUACUAGUCAACAAUGCUGGAUUUGUCCGAUAUGGGAGUGUUGGUAUGGGCAACAUCUUGAGCGCUUAUGACGAAGUGAUGGCAACCAAUGUACGUGCUGUUUUACAUCUAACCUCACUCUGUGUUGACCAUUUAAUAGAGAGCAAAGGUAACAUUGUAAAUAUUUCCAGCAUCGGUGGUCAAAUACCACCAACUAAGCCAUUAUUGAUGCCUUAUUGUAUAUCUAAAGCGGCAUUGAAUUUUAUAACACAAUCAAUUGCUUUGGAACUUGGAGAACACGGUGUCAGAGUAAAUGCUGUUAGUCCAGGACCAGUUGUGACGAAUUUCCUCAAAAACUCUGGAAUACCGGAGACGACUUUUACUUGGAAGGAUUUCGAGUCUGGCACACUUUUGAAGCGAAUAGGCGAGCCAGAAGAGAUAGCUGAUCUAAUCAUGUUCCUCGCGAGUGACAAAGCGAAGAGUAUCACGGGGUCCAACUAUAUCUCAGACAAUGGAUAUCUAUUGAACCGUUAA